AUGAGCCAGCCCAGCCGCGCCUCCUUCUCCCUCCGCCCCCGCCGAUCCACCUCCGCAGCCUCCCUCCAGGCCAGCCACUCCCCCGGGCCAUCCCCCACGCCCGCCCCGGCCAUCACCCGCCUCGGCAGCAGGCUCUUCCGCCGGAGACUCUCCUCCGCCUCCACCGGCCAGCUCACCGAAUCCCCGCCGACCUCGGAACGGAACAGCAACAACUACCCAAACAGCAACAACUACCCCCAGCUCAGAACAACCCAGCAGAACCACCAUCCCAGCAUCAGCCUGCGCUCAUCCAUCAUCGGCAUCACCCAUCUCUCAACCAAGUCGCUCUCCUCGCUCUCCAGGAUCACACACCUCCCCAGGAACAGCAAGCCCACAACAGCCAUGGACGACGACGACCCAGAGUACUACCAAACACUCUCCCAGCCAUCCACCCCGAGCAUCAAGCAGCAGCAGCAGUACAGCAUCGGCCUCCAAACACCCGCCACCCCGCUCGAGAAGCCGGAGUUCCAGACCGAAUACGCCCGCCAGCUCUUCCGCGGAACGGCGCCCGGCUACACCCCCCACGACGACGAAGACGAGGAGCUGGCCGCCGCCUCCUCGGGCUCAGACCUCGACCCUGCCGACCACCACCACCACCGCCGCCACGGCCUCACCUCCGCCACUGUCGCCUCGCGCGCCUCCACCUGCUCCCUCAGCCGCACCCACAACCCCACCACGAACCUCACCGACCCCUCCGGCUCCGAACACUCCCACCCACUCCCGCCCCGCCCCCCGCUCUCCCACUCGCGCUCCUCCCUCCUCUUCGCCCAUCCCCGCCCCAACUCACCCACAUACCAACCCUUCCCAUCAUCCUCCCAUACCCCGGCCUUCAACAACGCCAUCCGCGCCGCCCGCCCCAACUCCAACUUCCGCUCGACCGUUCGUCGGAAAGUUGAUGGCCUGAAGGUCGGCAUGAAAAUGCUAAGACCAUCCCGGAUCCCCGUCGAUGAAGCCAACUGCCUCGCCUCGCCAGAAGAUCCCUCCAGCGCAACCGCCAACGAGCUCAUCACCACAACAACAACAGCCCCCACCAACACCGUCCGAUCCCAACGGGCGCUCUCCAUCGCGUCCACCCGAACGAGGAACCCGGCCAAGGAGCCUUCGGCCCUCAUCUCGCCCACUAACCCACACCCCUCACUGCCAAGCUUGCCGCCCCGGAGCACCACUGGAGAGGCCCCCCCUCGACCUACAUCAUCGACCAUACACAGCUCUCACUCCCCUGCAACCGGCACUCAGAAUGGCCAUGCAAGAUCCAUGAGUAGACACAGCCAGCAGCAGCAGCACCCGUCUGGCUCGGUAGCCACGAGGGAGAACGAUGUCCAGAUAUCCGGCCGACCAGGAUCGAUCCAUUCCCAACUACACCCACCUGCCGGCUCCCAGCGUUUGAGACCUGGACGAAUACCCUUGACGGACCUGCAGCAGUCAGACUCGUACUCUCACAGCUCAUCCCCAUCCAGCCACCAGGCUCCAGGAACUCAGCCCUCUUACUCGACUCACUGCCCCAGUGCCUCGCUCGACACCAAGAAAAACCUCAUCGAAGCCCACCACAACGACCACGAUCCCGAGCCGACUCUCGAGGUGCCGGCGACCGUCGACGGCGGCCCGGCGCCCCCACAGCCCAUCAGCCUCGCGCGUCGGCGCUCGCCGAUCAUCCAUGAGUCGUCCAACGAUCUUCGUCGCCAGAUGGCCCGCGAGCUCAACGGCAACGCGCCAUUCAAACCCCAGCGCGCAUACUCCGAUACCCGGCUCCCUCAAUCUGUCACCCCACCCACCUCGCGUCCUCCUCCUAGCAACCAAUCGAGAAACUCGGUUCAACGGCAGCAUAAUCCAUGUGAACCCGACCUAAAAAAGUCCACAUCUAAUCACCACCAACCACAGAACCCAGCCUACCACCACCACCACCACCAGCAGCAGCAGCAGCAGCCACAGCACUAUCUUCAACCCCAGAACAAUCUCUCUUCCAACCAGAACACUCCACACUUCCAUCAUCAUCAUCUCUACGCGGCAGCUCAGCCUCACAACGUCCAUCAACAGGACCAUCUGCACCCUGCGAUUCCGGCAACGCCCCUCAACUCGUCGCAGCAUCAAUACCAAACGCCCAGCCUCAACCCCAAAGCCUCGUCAUCCGCCCUCAGCACCGCUGUCCCCCAACGACAACGCCAGGAGCGCCGACCUGCCCCGCCCGUCCAUUCCCCCUCCCAAGAGGACGAGGACGGCGAGAGUGACGACGAUGAUGAGAUUGUCUGCGAGCCUCGCCCCCCACCCCGGAAUGCGAACCAAGUUCCAGCGAGCCAGAGACGGUUCUACGUGCGCGAGGAUGCGCAGGAUGCGGGGUACAACCAUCACCAGCAGCGCCAAGUGCCUCUGAACGACGAGCGGGAUUGGCAGAUGCGCAGCAAGCCCGUCGAGCCCAACCGGAUCGAGAAGAACCUGAUCGUCGUCAACGGGGUCGAGUAUUCGCGCCAGUGUGUGAUCGGGCGGGGCGGGAGCUCGAAGGUGUUUCGGGCGGGGAUGGCGGACGGGGGCCCGAAGAUGGUGGCCAUCAAGGUCGUCGGGCUCAAGCAGGCCGACCGGCAGACCUACCUCACCUUCUGCAACGAGAUCGCCCUCCUCCAACGCCUCCGCGGCCACGAUCGCAUCAUCAAUCUGCUCGACUCCUCCAUGGACGACGCCAAGAGGAAGGUCUGGCUCGUCAUGGAGCUCGGCGAAACCGACCUCAAUCAGCUGCUUAAUCGCCAGAUGGGCAAGCCCAUCAGUUUCCGGUUCAUCAAGCACAUCUGGGAACAGAUGCUCGAGGCGGUAGACGCGGUGCACCACAUGGGGAUCAUCCACACGGACCUGAAGCCGGCGAACUUUGUGCUGGUGCAAGGCUCGGUGAAAAUCAUUGAUUUCGGGAUUGCGAAGGCGGUGCCGGCGGACACGGCGAACAUCAGCCGAGAGACGCAGAUCGGGACGGCGAACUACAUGUCGCCGGAGGCGCUGAUGAUGCAGCAGUCGUCGCACGGGGACCACCAGACGGUGAAGAUGGGCCGGCCGACGGACGUGUGGGCGCUCGGCUGCAUCCUCUACCAGAUGGUCUACGGCCACACGCCCUUCGCCAAGCUCGACACCACCCUCAAGGUCCACACCAUCCGCGACCCCAACCACACCAUCGACUAUCCCCCCGUCGUCGCCCCCGUCGUCCUCUCCCCCGAGGGCAAGAAGGUGCCCCUCGACGACCACAAAGUGCCCGUCGAGAAAGAGGCCAUCAAUACGAUCAAGGCCUGUCUCCGGUACGACAAGGACCUCAGGCCGACGAUCCCCGAGCUUCUGAAGGACGAGUUCCUGCUGGGCUCGCUGGCGCCGACGGCGGCGCGUUCCACGGUGAACGCGGAUGGCGGAAUGACACUACAGCCGGGGAUGUUCGAGCUGGUGAUCCAGAAGUCGUGGGACUGGUACGCGCGCAAGACGGGCAACGGGGGCCGGCUGACGGAGGCCCAGAAGAAGAAGUUCCUUGCUUCGCUGAAGAUGUCCGUCAAGUGCUCCCAGUAG